AUGGACGCAUUCCAGAUACGUAUGGAGUUUUUAGAACUUCUAAAGCAUCUAAAUGCAAGCCAACAAUCCAUCCGAAAAAUUGUAUCAUUUGCAUUGAAGUAUGCAAACAAAUGUCCAGACGAUAUAUGGGAUUGUAUCGUUACAGAAUGCUCAAAGGCAUCCGCAAACACGCGCAUUAAUGUACUAUUUAUGCUUGAUGCAUUCCUAGCAGACGAUUUUCAGACCAGCCCCGCCGAAGUUGCAGUAUACCGCACACUGGCAGUACGAGAUCUACCGGCCAUUGUGGACCUCGUUGUGCCUGAAGGAAGUUGGGAUGCAGUUAUCAAUGGUGGAAGCACAAAACAAAUUCUCUCCUCUUGGCAAUCAAAACAUAUUUUCGAUCAAGCUCUUCUAAACCGGCUCAUAAAUACCACAGAAGCCCGUGUCAGCAGCAUUCGUGAAGGAGACUCGGGUCAUGAUCUACCUCCCCUAGCUCAGGUGUCUAGAGCUGAUAUUCUACGAAGGAUGGACGAGGAUCGCGAGCGGCACAAACGUCUCCGUGAAAAUAGCUGGAAACUGCCGCCUAUGACGUUCUUACAUGCUCUCACACCUCAGUCUACAUCUUCAAUGGAUACGAAAUCGCAGAUACCCUCACCACUUAACGCCAUUGCCAUUGAAUUCGACCAUGAAUGGGACACUGUUAGUGACCUAAACGAAGAUGACUUGGAACACAUAAGAGAAGAAGUUGCACACUGGUGGGGUAAAACAAAAGCAUCAUCAUAG